GUAUAAGGUGCAGAUUGUGUGAUAUGAUUUUUAUUUAUUUUUUAUUUUUUGAGACGGAGUCUCGCUCUGUCGCCCAGGCUGGAGUGCAGUGGCACGAUCUCGGCUCACUACAACCUCCGCUUCCCGGGUUUAGGCGAUUCUCCUGCCUCAGCUUCCCCAGUAGCUGGGACCACAGGCGCGUACCCCCACGCCUGGCUAAUUUUUUUGCAUUUUUAGUAGAGACAGGGUUUCACCGUGUUGUUAGCCAGGAUGGUUUCGAUUUCCUAACCUCGUGAUCCGCCCGCCUGGGCCUCCCAAAGUGCUGGGAUUACAGGCGUGAUUCACCGCCCCCGGCCGUGAUACGAUUUUUAAAGCUAACAUUCAGGGCUUAUGUGCCGGCACUUUUACAUGUAUUUUUUAAAAAAUCAUUCAGCAAACAUGCACGUGAGGGGGUGGCAGUCAGAAGACCCCGGAAUGAAUGAUCCCGCAGCAGGGGGGGGGAGGAGAGCACCUGUCACCAGCCCGGUUUCUUCCAGGUGUGCUGUGACAGAAACUGGCACGGGUCUCCGCAAGCUGGGGCCUGAGCGCGGCUCCCCAGACGGCCGCGACCUUCCCCAGGCAGGGCUGGGCUCUGGACCCUCCCCUCACUUCCCAGCGCCUCGGGCCAUCCUGCUUCUCCAGGCCCGAGAGGAACUUUCUGGAAGUGCUGCGUAUCUUCAAGAGGCUGGCCAGAAGUGAAAGCCGCGGCAGGCCUGAGCGCCGGCCCCAGGGGAGGGGUCCCUCGGGCCCUCGUCGUCCCGGGGCCGCUUCCCCGACUGUAAAUAAGUGUCUUUAGGAUGAAAGGCCACGCGAUAGUGUCCUCAGAACCUUCGCACGAGAUCCAGCACACAACAUCCGACCACACACUGCGGCCAGCCUCCCCCAUUUGCCCGCCUCUGCUCUUGGUUGCUUCGGGCGUGCAUUUCGGUCCACGGAUGACCUUUAACAGGUCUCCUGCAGUGGAACGAGGGGUGAGGGCCUCGUCCAAGGGCGUGACGGGCGCGUGGAAAUGGAACAACCUCCCAGGCUCGCAUCCUCCUCGGGGACCUCCCAGAGGGCUCAACCCGAAGAAAACCCGCCACCCGCGCGAGGACAGCGAAAGCGCAAACGCCGGCCGCCCGGAGUCGCAGCGCGCCUGCGUCCAGUUCACGCUCCAGCUCCCAGGCGCGCCCGGCCCGGCGCGCCCGCUUCACGCGCGAGCCCGCGCCCCGCCCCCGGCCCGGAAGUGCGCAGGCGCCGGCAAGAUGGCGGGAGGGGUGCGCCCGCUGCGGGGCCUCCGCGCCUUGUGUCGCGUGCUGCUCUUCCUCUCGCAGUUCUGCAUUCUGUCGGGCGGUGAAAGUACUGAAAUCCCACCUUAUGUGAUGAAGUGUCCGAGCAAUGGUUUGUGUAGCCGACUUCCUGCAGACUGUAUAGACUGCACAACAAAUUUCUCCUGUAUCUAUGGGAAGCCUGUCACUUUUGACUGUGCAGUGAAACCAUCUGUUACCUGUGUUGAUCAAGACUUCAAAUCCCAAAAGAACUUCAUCAUUAACAUGACUUGCAGAUUUUGCUGGCAGCUUCCUGAAACAGAUUACGAGUGUACCAACUCCACCAGCUGCAUGACGGUGUCCUGUCCUCGGCAGCGCUACCCUGCCAACUGCACAGUGCGGGACCACGUCCACUGCUUGGGUAACCGUACUUUUCCCAAAAUGCUAUAUUGCAAUUGGACUGGAGGCUAUAAGUGGUCUACUGCUCUGGCUCUAAGCAUCACCCUCGGUGGGUUUGGAGCAGACCGUUUCUACCUGGGCCAGUGGCGGGAAGGCCUCGGCAAGCUCUUCAGCUUCGGUGGCCUGGGAAUAUGGACGCUGAUAGACGUCCUGCUCAUUGGAGUUGGCUAUGUUGGACCAGCAGAUGGCUCUUUGUACAUUUAGCUGUGGUGUGUGCUUCAGAAAGGAGCAGGGCUUAGAAAAAGCCCUUUUGUCCAUGGGAGUUGAUGUGGUGUGAGUGAUAUAUUUCUAUGUUUUUAAUGUACAGCAUCUGUACUUUGUUUGCCUUGAUAAAGGUAAGAUAAAUGAAACGCUGAACUAUGCUAAUCUGGAAUUUGUUUUUAUUUGCCUGAAAUGUAUUUUUUUCUGUGAAAAAAUUAAAACGUACUUAAGCCAGGAGAAUGAAUUAUACAGUGAUUGAAAAUCCAUUUAAUUCCUAUGACUUUUGUUUUGUAUUGCCCAAGUCAAACUACAUCACUUGUAUCUCCAGCCCAAAUGCAGGAAGUGGGAGUGUUUUUAUUGUUAGCUAACUGCUGUGACUGCAGGAAGUGGGAGUGUUUCUGUUGUUGGCUAAUUGAAGUUAUUAGGCUCAGCUUCAGUCAUGUGUAAGUUUUGCAGUGUAAUACGUAUGUAGUCUGGUCUGUAUAUAUGAAAAUUUGAAUUAAACUGCAGAAUGUUUAUGUCUAGUUAUGGUUUAAAUUUUCUUAGUAUAUAAAAGGUAAGAGUACUGAAAAAUUAAUAAAAUUGCAAGUUAAGAAA